AUGGCCAAAGCCAGUGAGAUCAACGAGGCCCCAGAGGCUGUGGAGAUGGACGUGGUGAAGGAGCAUAUGAACUACGACCUCAUCGAUCGAGAAGUUGCUGAAUAUGCAAACGCGACGAUUGUGGAGAUCGAUGAAGCCACAAACCGUCGACUUAAGAGACUCAUCGAUACGCGUGUCAUGGUGGUCAUGGUUAUCACCUAUCUCAUCCAAACUUUGGACAAGGGAACAAUGUCAUAUGCGUCAAUUAUGGGUAUUCAAGAAGAUAACCACUUGGUGGGCCAACAGUACUCGUGGAUGACAACAAUUCUAUACAUGAUCAUCCUGGUGGUCGAAUUCCCGGAAAACUACAUCAUUCAGCGAGUCCCAAUUGCCAAGUGGCUGUCAGGCAAUAUUAUAUUGUGGGGCGUCACUCUAGCCCUCCAGGCUGCAAUGAAGAACUUUGAAGGACUUAUUGCGCUAAGGGCCUUCCUCGGCGUAUUUGAAGCCGUUAGUCAACCGGCUUUUACCUUGUUGUCUUCUAUCUGGUAUACGCGCGAGGAGCAGGGUGGAGCAGUGACCUUUUGGUUCAUGAUGAAUGGGUUGAAUCAAAUUCUUGGUGCUCCUGGCAGGCCCUUUUUCAUGGCAUACGGUAUUCUGACCGUAUUCUGGGGUGCAUUUGUUGGCUGGUGGAUGCCUGACUCUCCCAUGCGAGCACACUGCUUCACUGAGAGCGACAAACAUCUCAUGGUCGAACGUGUACGUCGCAACCGUACCGGUUUACAGAAUCGCAAAUUCCGCAAGGAGCAGGUGUGGGAAGUCGUCAAGGAUCCACAGGUUUACGCCAUUGCACUUAUCCAGCUUUUGCUUACUAUUCCCUCCGGUGGACUUGGCGCCUUCAACAAUAUAAUUGUGAAGUCUUUCGGUUUUACGACUUGGCAAACCCAGCUGCUUCAAAUGGUCUCCGGUGUCGUUCAGCUCACUGCAAUGCUGUCGGCUGUCUGGAUUGAAAAACGUUAUAAGCAGACUAUAUUUGUCAUGAUGGCUUCGGUGGUACCCACUAUCGCCGGCGUGGUCGUCCUUCUCACCGUCCCAUUUUCUCAUCAUAAGCGCGUCGGCCUUCUCUUCGCCUACUAUAUUAUGAUCGCAUACUGGGGCUGCGCUGGUCUCGCCCUUUCCAUCGUCACCCGUAACGUUGCUGGUCAGACGAAAAAGAGUGUUGUCAUCGCCUGUAAUUUUGUCUUUUGGGCUGUCGGCAACGCAAUUGGCCCCCAGACUUUCCGCUCUAAGGAUGCGCCACGCUAUUUCCCAGCACUGGCAGCGGUGCUAGGUUGUUUUGUGCUUUUGGAGGUUGUUCUCCUUUCACUACGCACAUGGUAUGUUACUGAAAACAGGCGACGCGAUCGGAAGAUUGAACAAGGUGAAGUGGCGGCUGAUACGGCAUUUGCUCACUCAUUCGAGGAUAUUACUGACCGAGAAAACCCCAACUUCCGCUAUAUCUAUUGA